AUGUCUAACGCUGCACCAAAUCCCUCGGCUCUUUUGCCGCUCGAAUUGGUCGACAAAUGCAUUGGUUCCAGAAUUCACAUCAUCAUGCGGAACGACAGAGAAAUUGUCGGAACCCUUCUGGGAUUCGAUGACUUCGUUAACAUGGUUUUGGAGGAUGUGUUAGAGUAUGAGACGACUGCCGAAGGACGUCGCAUUAACAAGCUUGAUCAAGUUCUCCUGAAUGGAAAUAACAUCACGAUGUUGGUUCCUGGUGGAGAAAUGCCGGAUGCCCCAGAAACCGCCCACUGA